AUGUUACCAGAUACUUACGAAACAUCGACAACUCGUAGAUUGAAAUUCUAUCUGUUGAUUAUUUUCCAAAUACCAUCGAUAUGCUGUUCAUUGUAUUUAUUCCACAAAUUUAUUAUCAAUCGUAAAUUACGUUGUCGUUUACAAAAUCAUAUAAUUAUUUGUAUAUUAAUAUCAAAUUUUUUAUCAUGUUCAACAGAACUACCAAUAACUUUAGCAUUUUUGCAUAACAAUGGUCAAUUGAAACCAUCAACAGCUCAAUUUUGUUUAAUAUGGAUCUACUGGAAUCAUCUAUUAAAUGCUCACAUAUCAUUUUUCGUUGCAUGGGCAUCAAUUGAACGACAUUUAUUUAUAUUUUAUCCCACACUUAUACGAACAAGAUCCGUUCUAUAUCAUUAUUUUCCCAUAACAUGUUGCUCAUUAUAUGCCAUCGUGUGGUAUAGUUAUUUUAUUCUUCUCUAUCCAUGUUCAAAUACUCAAUUGAAUUAUAAGCAAUUGCUUUGUUUUGGACCAUGUUAUCAAUAUCAGAUAAUUAUACGUAACGUUGAUUUAAUUUUGAAUGUAUUUGGUUCAACAUUCAUCAUUAUUAUUGCUAAUUUGACAUUGAUCGUUCGAGUUAUUGUCUGGAGAAAACGGCAUAUGAAUAUACGCGUAACUAAUGAAUGGAGAAAAAAUUUCAAAAUGGUUGUCCAAUUACUAUUAAUAUCACUGUUAUUUUCAAUAUCAUGGCUACCGUUAAUCGUUGUCCUAUUUAUUCGUCUGGUUUAUAAACCAAAUUUUUUACAAUAUCUAACAACCGUUUAUCUCCUUUAUACACCAUAUUUAAGUGCAUUAAUAACACCAUUGAUGUGUCUAGUUGCAACAGCUGAUAUAAAAGCAAAGAAAUAUAAAUUAAAUUGUAAAUAA